UACGGUAUCAGGCAAGGGCAAAACGUGCAAAAAAAGAUAAAGAUUGUGUAAUGUGCAUGCUUGUGAAGUGGCUUUCUUAAUGCAGAUGCUAAAGCAUCUUAGUUAUUAAAACAGCUGGAUGGUUUUGAAACGCCUAAAAUUAAAUGUUGUUUCUUAGAAUUAAAAGCAGAAAGGAGGCUGUUCAAUUCCAGCUAGCAUCAUUAUUGGUGACGUCAACUGUCCCUAGCCAAUCAAAACAAGCCAGUCUCUUCCUUCCACCCUUUUUUGCUGGCGCUACCCUACCCAGUUGAACGCUUUCGCGUUAGAACACAUGCGUAUCUCUGAGACGCUGAAUAAGUUCGAUUGAAGUACAGGAACUGAAUCCACAAGUUCUUGUUCAUUUUAAACCAUGGAAUCGCCUGACUUACUCUCAGCAGCUCUCGAUGAGUCGGGCAUCAAGCCAGAAAAUGAUCCAGCAGCAUUCAUUGAAAAAGAUUUCAUGAGAAAUAUGCCUAAACAAUCACAGCCAGAUAGUUACAUGCACAUGGCACAGAUGCAGAAUCAUUGGCAUGGCGGAUUUCCAUUUAAUCCUGCAGCCAUGAUGGAUUAUGCAAGAUUUCCUUUCAUGGAUAAAAAUUUUGCAAAUAUGAUGAGACCUGAAAUGUUUGCAAAUGCUGCUAUGGGAAUGGCAUUGCAGCAACAAAUGAUGAAUGGUUUUUCAGGAAUGCCAUAUGGUUUAUCUUCAAAAGAUAUAAAUCCAUAUUAUAUGAAUGGGGAAUCUAUGUUUCGAUCUAUGAUGAUGGGUGCAAUGCCACAGAGAAUUGAAGGUGAAGAACCAGAAGAAGAGGAAGAAGAAUUGGGACGUGCUGAGACAUAUGCUGAUUACAUGCCUUCAAAAUUGAAAAUUGGCAUAAGGCAUCCUGAUCCUGUGGUUGAAACAAGCUCCUUGUCCAGUGUUCAGCCACCUGAUACAUGGUAUAAGCUUAGCAUUCCUGAGGAAGUGAUAGAUAGAGGGCUUCUCUCUGCUUUGCAGUUAGAAGCUAUUACAUAUGCCUGCCAACAACAUGAAACUAUUUUACCUGAUGGCACUAGAGCAGGUUUCUUAAUUGGUGAUGGAGCUGGUGUUGGGAAAGGGCGAACGUUAGCUGGAAUUAUAUAUGAAAAUUAUCUCUUGGGUCGUAAACGAGCCAUUUGGCUCAGUGUUUCUAAUGAUUUGAAGUAUGAUUCAGAAAGAGAUCUAAAAGACAUUGGAGCAUCAAAAAUUGAAGUUCAUUCUUUAAACAAAUUCAAAUAUGCAAAGAUAUCAUCAAAAGCUAAUGGUAGUGUGAAAAAAGGAGUUAUAUUUGCUACUUAUUCUUCAUUGAUUGGAGAAAGUCAGUCUGGAGGUAAAUAUAAGACUCGUCUAAAGCAACUUUUGCACUGGUGUGGUGAUGAUUUUGACGGUUGUAUUGUAUUUGAUGAAUGCCACAAGGCAAAAAAUCUAUGUCCAGCUGGUUCCAGUAAACCUACUAAAACUGGUUUGACUGUUUUAGAAUUGCAGAAUAAGCUUCCUAAAGCACGUGUUGUAUAUGCUAGUGCUACUGGUGCAUCAGAACCCAAAAACAUGGCAUAUAUGACUAGGCUUGGUUUGUGGGGAGAAGGUACACCUUUUAAAGAAUUCAAUGAUUUUAUAUCUGUUGUAGAAAAAAGAGGUGUUGGAGCUAUGGAAUUGGUAGCUAUGGAUAUGAUUAAGGGAUUGUAUAUGGCAAGGCAGUUAAGUUUCGCUGGUGUGACUUUCCGAAUUGAAGAAAUACCACUUUCUAAAGAGUUUAUUGAUAUGUAUAACGAGUCUGUAAAUCUUUGGGUUGAAGCAAGAGCAAAAUUUCAGGAAGCUGCAGAAUUAAUGGAAGGUGAUCCUCGAACAAAAAAAACUAUGUGGUGUCAGUUUUGGGCAUCUCAUCAGAGGUUUUUUAAAUACUUAUGUAUUGCAUCUAAAGUAAAGCAUGUUGUACAGUUGGCAAGAGAAGCUGUCAAAAAUGGGAAAUGUGUUGUAAUUGGAUUACAAUCAACUGGUGAAGCACGAACUUUAGAACAACUCGAGGAAGCAGGGGGAGAAUUGACUGAUUUUGUUUCGACAGCUAAGGGAGUAUUUCAGUCUUUGGUUGAAAAACAGUUCCCAGCUCCUGAUCAUAAAAAAACCAUGCGUCUUUUAGGACUUGAUUUGCAACAAAGUCGUUCAGCUUCACCAACGCCUACUACAUCUGGAGGAGGUAAAAGGAAGCCUUUGAGACGUGCAAGGCAAGGUGUGAAACGUUACAAAGAAUAUAAACUUUCAGAUGAAAGUAGCUCCGAAGAAUACAUUCCUAGUGGGGGAAGUGAUUUUGAGCCUUCAGGCAAUGAUUCGCCUGGAAUUGAAAGUGAUGAUGACUUUAAUGCUGGUUCUCAGACUGAUUCUGAAAGAGAAAGUGAUUUUAAUCCAUUUGAUGAUGAGUCUGACAGUAAUGGGCCAUGGGCAUAUAGGAAAAAAAGCAAGAAAGAUAAAGGCAAAAAACGGAAGAACAAAGGAGGUCAUGGAUCAAAAAAGCAUAAGCAGCCAGCAAAACCACUUCCUCCAGUUGAUGCAGUUGAGAAGGCAUCAGCUAUGAAAGCUUCUUUAUUAGAAAAGAUCGAAAAACUUGGGGAAAUUUUACCACCAAAUACUCUUGAUCAACUCAUUGAUGAUUUAGGAGGUCCUGAAAAUGUUGCCGAGAUGACAGGUAGGAAAGGUCGUGUUGUUAGCAAUGAUGGAACUAUACAAUACGAAUCUAGGUCAGAAGUGGAUGCUCCAUUAGAAACAUUAAAUAUGGUUGAAAAACAAAGAUUUAUGGAUGGGGAAAAGCACAUUGCUAUAAUUUCAGAAGCUGCAAGCUCUGGUAUAUCUUUGCAAUCUGAUAGAAGAGUAAAAAAUCAAGCUCGAAGAGUUCACAUGACUUUAGAAUUGCCAUGGAGUGCUGAUAAAGCUAUUCAGCAGUUUGGUAGAACACAUCGAUCUAAUCAAGUAAAUGCUCCUGAAUAUUUAUUUCUCAUUUCUGACUUAGCUGGUGAGAGAAGAUUUGCAUCGAUUGUUGCAAAAAGACUUGAAAGUUUAGGAGCUCUCACUCAUGGUGAUAGAAGAGCAACUGAGAGUAGAGACUUAAGCCAAUUUAAUAUUGAUACUAAGUAUGGAAGAACUGCAUUAGAGACAGCAAUGAGAGCAGUAAUGGAAUAUGAGCAUCCACUUGUACCACCACCUUCUGAUUACAAAGGAAAUUUCUUUUAUGAUGUAAGAAAGGCUCUUGUAGGUGUUGCAAUGAUAACAGAAGAUCCUGCAAGUGGUUACCAUCUUCUUGAGAAGGACUACAAUAAUAUGAGUAAGUUCAUGAACAGGAUUCUUGGUCUUCCUGUUGAAUUACAAAACAGCCUUUUCAAAUAUUUUACAGAUACUUUAGAUGCUGUUAUAGCACAAGCUAAAAAGGCUGGUCGUUAUGAUUUGGGCAUACUCGAUUUAGGCACUGGAGGUGAUUUGGUAAAACGGAUAAAAUGUGAUUCAUUUCUUCAAAAACAUGCAACAGGUGCAGCUAAAACAGAAUUGCAUACUGUUUUAGUAGAAAGAGGUCUUAGUUGGGAAGGUGCUUUAGAAAAAUUUGCUGAAUGUACAGAUAAAGAUGAAGGGUUCUAUCUCUCAUCACAGGCUAGAAAUAGUAGGAAAACUGCUAUUUUAGCUGUGGCUGACACUGGUAGAGUAAAAGGGAGCAAAGGAAAGUUGUUUAGAGUGUAUCGACCAAAUACUGGCCUCCAAGCCAAACAAGAAACUUUAGAUGAAUUAAAAUCAAAAUAUCACAAAUCUGACAAAAAGGAAGUGGAAGAACACUGGAAAGAGAAUUAUGAUGCAUCUGCCAAGCUGUGUAGUCAUAUGUACUGGUAUGGACAGUGCAGAAGAAAGACAAUGGGUGUACUAUGUGAAGUGGGCUUGCGCCAAAGACAGUACUAUGUUCUUAGUGGAUCUGUUUUGUCUGUGUGGACUAAAAUUGAGAGUAUCAUGUCUGCACAUCAUGGUUCUCACAAUGCAAAGCUUCAAGUAGUUCGGCUUAAAAUAGAUGAAGCAUCAAGAAUUGUUGGGUGUCUUAUUCCAAGCAAUGUUGUGGACGUUUUAAAGAAAGUUUUGGCAGAGGAUGCUUCUAAUGUGGAGGAGGAAGAAUUCUAAUAUUUUGUCUCUCACUGUACUGAAUUGUCUAUUGUGAUAUAAGUGAGAUAUACAGUGUUAGAUGUAACAUAUUGUCAAAUGAGUGGUAUAUUUAAAAAAGGGCACCCAAUUUGUUGCUGCACUGGUCAUCAUAGGAAAAGUAACGCUGACAUUUGUUUUACAAACCAUCUACUAUGUAUAUUAUAACUUUGUGUAGACUAUUUGUGUGUUUUUCAAAAAAUGCUAAACAUUUUCUAUUGUGCAAAGUUUCCAUAGAAUUCCUUGCCAAAUCUGGUAAAAAAAAAAAUCAUCGUAAUUCCUGUUUAUUCCAUUUAAAUUUAUUUACUUGUUAAAAAUAUCUUUCCAGUUGCUUCAGUUAGCAUGCCAAAACAUUAAUGUUUAUCCUGUUCCUACAAAUGUUUUAAAAUUUUAUCUGUAUAAUUUGUUGCAUCCAUGCACACUGUAUUUAAUUCUUUUUCAUUUUUCACACAUUGAGUUUGCAUCAUUAUUAAGCAUUUUAUUGCAGUUAUGACUUGAAACACUUACAUAUUUCAGAAAUGGGGUUUUUUAAAUUUUAUAAUCAAUUUUAUCAUUUCAUAUAUAAAUGGAAACAUGCAGAUGUGCUAUAUUGCUUUAAUUUUUUGUUUCCUCUUAUAACUUUUUCUGGCAAAUUUGCGUGCUCUUGCAUACAUGAAGUCCAAAAAAUUGUAGUUAAAAAUAACUAGUUAUAUUUUUUAUGUGCAUGGAUGGACUGUAAUUUGUGUAUAUAAUACCAGCUGAAAGUGAAGAUUUUUUUAUAGUAAUUUGUAUUCUAUUUAUUUAUUUUUGUGAAAUUUCAUGUUUGCAAAACAUCCAUGUAAAUAAAAAAUGUAAAAAUUUUCAGCUUUAAUUAAUUUAUGUAAAUAAUUAUUUAAAAUUAUAAAUUUAGGUAUGACAAUGUAUGCCUGAACCAUCAAAAUAUAACAAAAUAAAAAUUUAUGAAGUAUCUGAAGUGUAGAAAAAGUUAAAAUAUUGUUUUUAACUGAUGCUGGAAAUGAUUAAAUUAAAAAAUGAUCCUUAAUUGAUCAUUAAUAAUUUACCCCCCCCCCCCCAAUUUGAAAUUCUCAAAAUUACACGUGCACAUGCUUUUCACAAAAGCUUUUUUGCAGUUUUUAUGAACUGAUCAUGAAGAUGUUUUUUUACCGAACUUUUCUUGUGAAGUCGGUCUUUUUAUUUGGUCAUGAUUAGAAAAUCCUAUUUUACUGUAGUGGGGCACAUCAUUGUGACCCAUUGUCCAUUCUAAUAUUCAUCAUGUGAAUUGCAUUUAUCUUGAGAUCUGUGAAAAAGGUUUUAAAAUAUGGUGUCAUUAAAACAUCUACAGAAAGGAAAAGAGCGAGAAAGUUUAUUAUACUUAAUAUUUCCAUUAUAUAAACAACUUUAUUCCACACUUGAAGAAAAUUUGUUAGUCUUCCAUAUAAUGUAAAAAUCAGUUUUUUAAUUAAAAAUUAGUUUGAGUAUAUUUUGGUAAUUAACAGGAAAAUUAAUUUAGAAUAUGUUAAAUGUUGUAUUCAAUAAAUAUUGAAAUAUAGUUUUAAAUAUGUUUUUCAAUGUGAAGAAGGUUUUAAAUAUUCUUAUUUUCCCUUUAAAAUUCUCGCCAGAAAAAACCCCUUUUGAAUGAGGAAUUUAAUGUGCAGUUUUGUACUUUUAAUAUGCAGAAGCUAUAAUGAAAUAGGCUUUUCUGUUAUGUAUGAUAGAGAAAUUAUUAUGCUAGGAAAAGUACUGUAAAUUAUGUACAAAUAUCAUAAUAUAAGCUGCUCGCAAAUAUUUUGCAUAAAAUGGCUUGUUACUGAAAAUUUAAAAGUCCAAUUAAUUAAAGAGAUUUAGAAGAAAAAAUAUCUGAUCAUUUAUCACACGUAUGCAAAAUAUCUUAAAAUAUUAAUUAUCCGGAAAAAAAAAAGAAAUAGAAUUUUCUGCUGUGUAUUGGGACACCAUUAAAUCUGUUAAACAAUAUUCACUGAAAAUUACUUCUUUGUUUGAGUUAUAAAGAACUUGGCAUACGGUUUUUUUGUAAACUAGGGAAAGAAAAUUUAACUUGGAUCUUAAAGUUGUCAACAUCUUCCCCUCGGUAAGGAAGUAUGUAUUAAAGUAAUUAUAAGUUAUUUCUUGAAAUUGUUAUGUUUGCUCUUCAGUUUUGGCCUUGAAAUUAUAUUUUUAUCCAUACAGCAGUUAAGUUUCCCACAACUUCAUAAUCAUUUAUGCGUAUUACCAUUCAUCUGAAUAUUUUUCAACAGUCUGGUGAUUAUUUAUUGCUGUAUAGAUAUAAGAUAUUAAACUUUUGUAUUUGUAAAUUAUAUCCAUUGCCUUUACAUUUAAAAACUCAUACUGUAAAAUUAUUAUGCGAUCAUUUCUAUUGUUAUUUCCUUUAUUGUUUUUGGUUAGAUAUUUUACUUGGCCAUCUCUUAGUAUUGCUUAAUUAAGUGGGCAGUGGAACUUUAUAGUGUAUUUUUUCACAAAAUUUACUUAUCAUUGUAAAUAUCUUCAAUGAGAUUGUACAUUAUCAGUUGUAAGUUUUGCAUAAAAACAUUGUUUAUGGCUGUUCUUUUUUAUUUAUUAAAAUCAAGAGUGUAAUUUUAUUUGUAUGUCAUAUAAUUUGGUUUAGAUAAUUUUGAACAUUUUUUAAAAACAAACUUAAUGAAUGUGUACAUUUUUUUAUUUAAAUUGGUGAACAAUAACACUGAAAUUUGGCAAUUAUAUAUAGCAUUUACAAUAGGGUAAUGAUACUUUUAAGUUAAACUCCACUAUUACAUUUUAUUGCUAAUCUGUAAGAGAACAUAUAUUAUAUUGAAUUUUGUUUUUAUAAUUAAAAUUUUCGCUGUGGUUAAACAUGUUCCAUUUUUUAAACAAUUGAGAAUGUUUUAGGAUUAUGAAAUAUGUUUUUAUAAAAAUUGUCAUUUUUGUUUUUGUGCUUUUAAAUACAAUGGUUGAUUGAAAUAUGAA